AUGGAAUCAGAGCCAAUUGAAGUGGCAGCCCUAGGAAGACCUCUUUAUCCUGGAAUGCUUUAUGACUGCCGCAGGGAUUCCUUCAUUCCAGGUGUUACUCUGUGGAAUAAGAAUUCCUUGUGUGAAGAUUUGGACUCUCGCCCACAGCUCCUGACAGAUUUGAAGUUCAGUAGCUCUGACUCUCUCUCUAGUAAGUCGAGUCUCCUGGAUGUAAAUGCUUCCGUGAAAGCCAGCUUCAUUGGGGGGCUGGUGGAGGUGGGAGGAUCUGCCAAGUAUCUGCAUGACACCAAAUCCUCAAGCCAGCAGUCCAGAGUAACAAUAUUUUACAAAGAAACCUCUAGAUUUGAACAGCUUACUAUGACCCAGCUCGGCCAGAUCACCUAUCCUCAGGUGUUUGAGCAGAAAACUGCAACACAUGUGGUCACGGCUGUACUGUACGGAGCUCAGGCUUUCAUGGUAUUUGAUCGGACGCAUUCCCAAGAUGAAAACAAGCAGGAGAUUGAGGGAGAACUAAAUAUUAUGGUCAAGAAAAUCCCUUUGUUUUCAAUUGAAGGAAAAGGAGCUGUACAAAUGACAGAGAAUGAAAGUCAAAGGGCUGAAAAUAUUAGCUGUACAUUUCAUGGUGACUUCCAUCUUGAGCAAAACCCCACUACAUACAUUGAGGCCGUGAAUUUGUACAAGCAGCUCCCCACUAUGUUAAAGGAGAAUCCACAGAAUGCGGUUCCAAUAAAAGUCUGGCUAUAUCCUCUUCAUUUGUUGGAUAACAAUGCAGCUCAGUUGGAGAGAGAGAUCAGCACAAGUCUGGUUUCCAUCACUGAAAAUGUAAUGGAGGCUCUGGAAGAGGCAGAGAGGACAUGCAAUGACCUGUCCAGAAAUGCAGUGGUGAAUGUUUUCCGUGAUAUCAAAGAGAGGCUGUGUUUAUUUCAGGACUUAUUUGGUAUUUACAAGAUGAUGCUCUUAAAAGCAGUGGCAAACGUCUUGCCCGCCAUUCGAGAUGGACGAAUGGAGGAGAAAUCACUGGAAGACAUAUUGGAGACCCAUAGCAGCUCCCCUUUUAAUUCUAGCAUGCUUAACCACUGGUUAGAUGACGCAAAGUCUGAACUUCACCUACUGAGUUUUCAAACCAAGAUGCCGAAGGGGGUCACAAUUGAAGACUCAGACGGCCUCAACUCCAUCCUGCUUGAUCCUGAUAUUGAUAUUGUGGUGUGCUUGACCUUCACAUCUCUGCAGCAGGAAGACCAGUAUCUUUUGACCCUCAAGGAGUUCCUGAAAUCUGACCCGUUUAAAAAGUUAGAUGAACAGGGCAAGAUGGUUUCUUUGGCAUCUGUCAAAAAAUGGUUCAGAGAUCCUAAUGUCAUAGUAAAGAUGAGAGAGAGCAUAUCUCAUUUCAGGAGCUUGUCAGAAAACAAUGCAGAUAGAAAAAGAAUCCGCUUCAUUAUUUCUGCCAUUUCCGAUCCCUCCAGUCGAGGCAUGGCCAUCUAUCUGUAUGAAAAAGGGAAACUGACCUGCACACAGUGGAAGUUCACAUCCCUGACCCCACCGAUAGUAAAAAAUGUCCAGGACAAAACAGUGGCCUUGAAACUGCAGAAGUUCCCAAAUGGAGAAGUAGUGCAGUACAGAGUGGAGUACAGAGAGGUAAAAUCUGGAGCUGAGGAAGAGUGGCUUGUCAAAAACACAGUUAAUGAAGACUUCACUCUGACUGGACUGGAGUCUGGAAAACAGUAUUUGAUUCGCUACAGAACAGUGAAUAGAAUGGGAGUGAGUGAAGCCAGUGAUACUGUCAGCAUUAUAUGUUCUUCAGCUCCUUUCUCGGCACAACCUGUGAUUGUGGGUGGGAGAGGAGGGGCUGACUUCACCUUUAUGUCUCCUUCCAGCAGCACUUUCAAGAUGAUCCGCUUUACUUACAACCAGGAGACACUGAGAACCAUCAAGGCAGUUUUCAACCAUGGCCAUGAGAUUGAAGUUGGCAAUGAACAUUUCUAUGACAUUCAGAGCAACAAAGGCUUUCUUGAGUGGCAUAUAAAGGUCGUGAAACGUAAAUCCAGAACCCCCUCUACAUCAGAGAGCAGAGUGGAGCUAAAAGGAGGUCCCACAUUAUCAAGAUCGAUUGAAACUAUAGAUGAUCAGCAAAUAGGAGAUGAAUGUAUGGAAGCUGUGUCUCUCCUCAACCACACAUCUGAUUGUGACAUAGUGUUCCAGAAGAUGAGAGAAACUUUCCACUACUGUCAGCAGAUUCUCCACGAACCGAAGCGCUCUGCUGAUGUACUACAAAUGUUUCCUUGUAUCUUGGACAUCAAAGGACUGACAACUGUGUACAAUAGCGAUAUAGGCACAACUGAGGAAACUCCAAAAGUCAAAGAGCUAAGAGCAAAGCUGUUGAACAAGCACUGUCUUGUUCAACCACAAUGUUAA